UUUCUCCGUUUAGGUGUGAAGAGAAAAAAUGACAUUCCAGUGGGUGGCGGUUGCAACCUUUCUUUACGCUGAAGUAGGACUCAUUUUAAUCUUCUGUCUACCUUUUAUUCCUCCUCAGAGAUGGCAGAAGAUUUUUUCAUUUAACGUGUGGGGUAAAAUUGCAACUUUCUGGAACAAGGCUUUCCUUACUAUUAUAGUCCUGUUAAUUGUUCUCUUUCUAGAUGCUGUGAGAGAAGUAAGGAAAUACUCCUCUACUCCUGCCAUUGAAAGGAGCUCAACCAACAGACCUAGUGUUUAUGAACAUACACAGAUGAAACUUUUUAGGUCUCAAAGAAAUCUUUACAUUUCCGGAUUUUCAUUAUUUUUUUGGUUAGUAUUGAGACGUCUGGUUACCCUUAUUACUCAGCUGGCAAAAGAAUUGUCAAACAAAGGAGUACUUAAAACUCAAGCAGAAAAUACUAACGAGGCUGCCAGAAAAUUCAUGGCAGAGAAUGAAAAACUAAAACGGCUCUUGAAAAGCUAUGGCAAGGAAGAGGAACACAUUUUGGAAGCAGAAAAUAAAAAACUAGUAGAAGAACAGGAAAAACUGAAAACUGAAUUAAAGAAGACUUCAGAUGGUAACUCCCUUUCUAAGGCACAAAAUGACGUGAUGACAUUGAAGAUGCAAUCAGAGAGACUUUCAAAAGAAUACGACCGACUCCUGAAAGAACACUCAAAACUUCAGGAUCAUUCAGGAAAAGACAGUAAGAAAGGCCUGUGAACUUUAUCAAAGAAGAUUGUGAUACACCGUGUCAAGAUGAUAAAUUUAUCAUGUUAGCCUUUAGAAAACUUAAAUUUAAAAUUCAGAUCAGAAAAAUGUACUGUCUAUGACUGGCCAAUAAUUUUUUAAUGUCACAUAUAGGCUGUAUCAUAAUGGCAUUAUCACAAUAUUUGAUGAUGUUUCAGAUAUAUUGUAAAGUCUAUAUUCCAGCUCUUAAGAAAAAUAUAAGCAGGGUAAACACCUUAUUUACGUAUGGAUAGUAACAGCAAAUUUGUUACAAUAAAAGGAAAAUUUCAUUAGCCAGUUACUUCCAAAAUUAGAUUUUUAAGUUGCAUGAAACCAUUAAUACCCUUAAAAGUUUUGAUGAGUUUCCAGGAAUAAUUAUAUUCUAUUUAAUCAGAUGAUGAUAAUGAUGAUAUAUUUGAAAAUAGUAUUCAGUAUCAGCAAAUUUAUUCAAGAGUUUAAAUAAGGAUAAAUGUUCAGAAUUAGCCACUAUAUUUAUAAGGAAGAGUCAGAAAGAGCAAACGAAACAAUGACCUUAGUUGUUUUUUUAUGCCACCUACUACUGUGGUUUUACUCUCAUAAGACAGCUCUGUUGAUAAUUAUAUUUUUGUUACUGUGCUUCUGCACCUGUUGGACGGAUUUUGUUGACAUUUGUGUUAAUAACAUAUAAUUAGUAAACAUUCUACCUUGUCAGGUUCAUCUAGUAGUGGAGUUGAUAUCUAUUUGUAUAAUUGCCAUAGCACUGAACUGAAAUGAUUUUACAACAAUGUGGAAUUCUUGACUUAGAAAGUUAAUGUAUAACAUAUCCAAAAAGCAGUGUUUCCCCUUGCUGUGAGAGUUAUUACUUAUACAGAUAUUACCUCAAAUAUGCAUACACUGGUGUCACAGUUUCUCUGAGAUGUUUCUGUAUUCUGAAAGCUAAAUAUUAAAUGCUAUUUUUCCAUUCAAAUGUUCAUUUAGAAUUUCCUUAGAAGAUGAUAAUGAUUGUAAUAUUAAUAUGAUUUCGGUUGUUCCAGUGUCCAGAUGAAAAUCAUCUUCCUUGUCUCAUAAAAACCUAAAUAUAAAGGAAAAUGGAAAAUAA